AGAAGCACAUUUGGCAGGAAUAAGGUGUAAUUGGCUGAGAACCACGAUGGCUUCUGAUGUCCAUGUGCCUUAUUGUGAAGAUGAGACAUGUUUAAAUCAUCUUCGAGAUCUGAUCAAGACUUUGCAAAAGUAUGGGUAUACUGUUUCUAAGAAUCUUAUUGUUGGAAAUUAUGAGCAAAUAUUGAAAGAAAAAAUUGAAAACAGCUGUUGUACGGUACUGCACAAGUGUGAGACUUUUUGGGAUAAGCUUCAUUUCUUUAAACUUCAUGAAUAUAUUUUAGCACAAAAAGCUAAGUUUAUAGUUGUUAGAUUUGAAAGUAUUUACCCAGCACCGAAGAAACAAAGCAAUAAUGAUAAUGCAUAUGAGCAAUUUUUCAAAGAAUUUUAUGUGCUACCAGUAACCAAUGAGGACAAUAUAAAUGAUUUCCUCAAAGGAAUUCAACAAUCAUUUCCGGAAUCAAUGGAUGUACAAGAAACGGUUACAGAGAAUACCGAUAUAGAAGCCAGAAAUAUUACUGAGAUUGUAUCUACAGAUUCUGAUAGUUCUGCGCUUUACUAUGCAUCUUUCUUUAAAAGAAUUGAAGAACUUAGACUUAAAGAAAAGCAACAAAGUUCAAAUAAAGGUCAAAAGUUGGAGCGAUUUCCUGAAGCUCAUGGAAACAAACUAAAUGAUGCGUGGAUUUUUGCAAGGGUAGAGAAUCAAGCACAGCUGUCAAACCAUAUUUUAGAUUUUUCCUCUUUAACAAACUUUAAGGAACUAAAGGAAAAAGUGAACAAAAUACAGAGACAUCCAGAAAAACAUAUAGCUAACUUAUACUUCUUAUUGCACAUAGUUUUACCUGAUAUGCACAGCAGCAAUGAUGCACUCGGAAUCACGUACUUGGCUGUUAGUUGUCCAAACAUACAGCGUAGAGCUUUCCUCUACCUGGAAGAUCUUAUCUUUAAAGGUCGACUUGCAAAAAAUACGGAUCUGGAUACCCUUACUGUUAUUCAAGAACUAUUUUUUAACUCCAUUACUGAAAUAAAACAGCAGAGAUCCAUAAACAGUGUGGAAUCAUCUGUUGAAAAGCACCUCAAUAUUAUAAUAGAAGUACAGAUUGAAAAGAUUUUCUUGUGCCACAGUUCAGAAGAUUUUGAUAAGCUUGAUCUAGCUAAUAAAGAGAUGAGAAAAUAUUUGCCUAAAUGUAAAGGCUGGCCUAAUGUGGACAAACUAAUAAAAGUACUGGAAACUAUUCUUGAUUCACCUGGAGAUAAAAUACAACAGGAAGUGCGUCACAUUUUGUCCAAGAAACAAUCAGAUGAAUAUCCCUACAUCAAUGUCGCUAACUUUUUGGGGAAAAAACUUUCGGUUAUAUUUGCUGUUGUGCAAAGUCUUUUGAAAAAGCUUUUUAUGAACAUGAAUGAGAAAGUUCUCAAGUUUUUCAAAGAUUGUCUACAUCCAAAAUUUGGAAGAAAGUCACUGCUACUAGAUUCUACAUGCUAG